AUGAUCAGAACACGUAGAGCACUGCGCGAAUCGGGUGAGGAACUCCUCGAACCCCAAUCCGAUUGCGGUUGGCCUGCCAGGACACCGUCUCCUGUUCAACAGUCUCGGCAAGGUCAAGCUGUUGGGUCUUCACCACUCAAGUCGCACGGUUUCCCUUACGUCUUGGUUCCGCCUCACCCUUCGGUGCAAAAGUCAACAAGGCCCGAAGCCAAAUCUAAGCGCGCAGCCAAGUCAUCCAAAGCGCGAGGCCCUUCCAAACCAGCUAAGAGGAAGGCUAAGGCAGACCAUGCCGCAGACGAUCCCCCUGCCCAACCCGAGAAAGACACUGCUUCGGGGUCAACUGUUGCUGCUCGCCGCGUCUCUCGAGUUCUCACCUCAAGCCCCCCCGUCACCAUAGCCAUUGCCGAUGCGCAGGGUCGAUCAUUGAACCGCCGCUCAAGUACGGAGACCAUUCAGGCGCCUUCCUCUCCCACUACUGCAAUCCGCCGACUCAAUGAUGGGAGCGCUUCAGCUGACCGUAACAAACAACCGAGCUAUGAUGCCUUUGACGCUGAACUUGGAGACUACGGCUACGAAUUUGCGCCCUACGUGGAAAUUCCUGACGCCGUUCGAGAUGCUUUGCCUGACCCCGUCCCCGGCGCUACCGCGUCUCGAGAGCUGGUGCUUCCGCCUGCUUCCCGCAUCCCAGCCCCUGACGAAGCUGUACAUUUCUUCUAUGGAAGGAACUGGAGUUGUGGGGCGUUUUCUUCUUCGGUUGGAGUCCUGGGACGAGGAAGGCAAGGGACCAGGCUGGCUCGCAUGCAAAAAUAUGUCACAGUUUUCUCUUGGUAUAACUCGCAGUCCAAGCAGUGCGAGCAGCUCCCUGACGGGUUCACCAUUCCUGAACCGCGUUGUCGAAUUUCUUUGAACCAGUUGGAAGAGUCAAUCUACGACGCUAUCCGCCGCAAUAGCGACUUGUUACUAGGCAUGGAAAGAGGCUUAGGAGUUCCGCGUAACGGCAACCCCGAAUCUCCUCCUGGUUUCAGAUAUUCGUACGUUUCAGGUCGGCCCAAUGAGGAGGAUCAUCACGGCGAAUCCAUGGAAGACGAGGGCAGCGAUAUCGAACGUGCGGACGACCGCUUCUCCUCUCCUCCAGCAUUCGACCCCGCCGAAGAUGGUGACGACAGCUUUGGGAAUUGGGAUGAAGGCGAAGAGGAAUGGGAGGGGUGCGAGCAUCCGUCCAAUGGCGCUGGUAACAUUUCGGAACAAGAGCCAGAGUUCGAGGACUUGCCUUCAUCGAGCGAAGACGGGUCGGCGUAUUCCCCUUCUCAAGCUAGUGAGCGGGGUGACUCCUCCGGUCCUGGGGAAACUGCCAACACAGCACCCCACAGCAGCUCGCCAACACGCCAGUCUCCGAUAUCCCAGUCUCCGCCGCGUCUCACUGCCAAGCAGAAGGGAAAGGGUAGGGCCGUUGACAAUCGGUCUCCUAGUCCACCAGCACCCGCAGGCCCGUCCGCCCCUAAGUCUAAGUCUCAAGCUUAUAACCCCCCUCCAACCCCAUCGUUCAAAAGGGGAAGAUACGACAAGGACGAGAAAGAGAUCGCAGCCGAAAUGCGCGAAUGGCUGGAAUUCGGCGCCAAGUGCUGCAAUCGGUCCCCCGAUAGCUUCCUGACGCUUAUGGGCUACCCUCGGACUGGUGAAGGCUUGCGAAAAUCUCAGUGCUGGAACAAAUUCCGCCAGUGGAGGAAACUGCAAGCUGAGAACGGCGAAGCCGAACACUUAUCACAGGAGGAGAUGUUUGAGAUAUACAACCGGGAUUACAAGGGCCUAACGAAAAAAGACAAAGAAAUCAAAAUCCAGGAGUGGUCUGCGGAUAUUGAACGGUGGGACAAGAAACCGGUCGCGCAACAAGACAAGGAGUUUCUACAGCUAAUGGAGGAGGCACAGGCUAUGAUGGAAAAGCUCUCCCGCUCAGGGUUGGUAGAGCCAAUUCUGUAUUUUUUGGCCACCGACCCCUUCUACGGCCGCUUUACAAGAGUUAUGGUCGGCAACGACAUAGUCCAGGAGAUGUUAGACGACGGCGCUGCAAACCUUCGCCAGAUCUUAUCCGCGGCAGCUAUAGCUGUAGCGGCUGCAAAAACAGGCACAGUCUCGCCGAAGGAUGCGAAGCUACUCCAAAUACUUGGCUUGCAUAACGCCUCCACCAAUUCGUCUGAAGCUGCGGUUGCCGCCGACACGUCAUCGACAUCCGUUGUGAAAGCUGUGCCAGCAUCCGCCUCGUUGAAGACCAAUUCCUCCGCGGCUACCUCUCGGGCGCCAGCCUCGUCCUCAGGUAGCACUUCCAAGCGAACGUCGAAAACUCCUGGGGACAGUGCUACGGAUUGGGGGCUCUACGACCCAGCCGCCGUGAAACCGGAUAACGUCUCGCAGGCAGCUUGGGACGCAGAAGGGAAAUUACCAAGAGAUGUUUUCGACUGGGCAGAGCUGGCACAACCUGGGGUUCUGAACGUCGCCAAGUUUUGGCGACAGAAACAGUACGAGACGACUGUCGAAACUGUCCGAGAUUGGGGAGUUCGCUACAUGCGAUUCCUCCUUCAGGUUCUCUACUGUCAAGCUACUGGAUUGAAGCAGGCUCCAACCAACGGCUUUUACCAGGGCUUUGCAGACUACCUUGCAAGUAACAACAAGAUCUGCGAGGGAUGGCCGCCAGGCUGCGCCGUCCCUGACAGGGACACUAAGGGUUCGAAAGCUCUUACGCGACUGUGGGGUUCGGGGGCCGUUGAACUCCUGGAUGUAGCAUUCGGCCGGAAGGAGGGUUGGACACUUAGAAUUAUUGAUUUUCCACCAGAGGCUCAAGCAAUCGAGAGGGACGACACUGAUCCGGCCUACCUUGACUUACCCCUCAUCACUUGCAAUGACGCCAACGGGAAGGUCACCGCUGUGAAGGCGACGGUCCGCGACGCCAACGCGUGGCACAUGCAGGAGGUUGCCGCCCAAACAGCAAGGAGGAAAUGGGCAGAGUUGCCACCUGAGCGCCGCAAACCUCUGGAGGCUGCAUCUGCCGUGAAGAAAUGGCCCCCGAAACUUCGCAAAACAGGUCGCACAGUCAAGGUCAAAAAGGAGGAGGGCGUCGAGCCGGAAGAGCAGGAUGAGGAUGGCGAGGGUACGAAUUUGGAGGAGUUUGAUGUGGAAGUGGAAGACGGAGACAGGAUGGACGUGGAUGCUGAUGAGAACGACCCUCACCACAGGGAUGUAGUUGAACCGCCCCGCCAUCCUCAGCCGGGUCCCUCUACGCAAAGCAUCCCCGUCUACACUGGCGGCGAUGAUGACUACUAUGACGCUGACGAGUUAUUCAGUGGCGGCUAUGACGAAGGCGGGUACAUGGUAGAAGGGGAAGACCAAUACAUGGCGGAAGACUUCAGCAAUCCAGAACAGUAUUACGACGAUCAGCAACAAUUCAACGGCCAUGAGAUCGGUCGUUACCAUCACCGCCCGAACCCUCAAUAUACACAGACUCAACACGUCAGCGAGUAUGCUCAGCCUCUUCGUGCGACGCAAACCGAAACCCAUCCACGCCACCUCAUUGGCCAAUCUUCCCGCGCUUUUCGUCCAACUCUAGCGCCUCAACGCCACCCCAACGUUUACCCAAUUCACGCAACAACUUCAAUCAACAAUCCAACUCCUCGUGUGUUCUCGAAUCCUCUGCCGGCCCAGCCUCCUGUGCGACCCACUACCCAUCGCCAUUUCACGCAGUCCCAGGUCUUGGACCAUGUCAAGGAUAUGUUGAAGAUACCAGGUUCUCCGAUGAAGCGGAAACACCAAGAGCAGCGCAUGCGUCCCGAAGGGCAGUCUUCCCGGCCUGCAUCUGCAGUUCCAUGGCCUUCAACUCGACACGCCGGAGGAGCUCACACUCUUGGGCAACAAGGAACUCGUGACGACCGCCCAUUGAAACGAGUUCGUGUUACAGGUAAUCAUUGUUAA